GCGCAUGGCGAAAACAGAACCGCCUAGCUUCUGCUCACGUCAGUCAUGUGUCACUGUUUGUUGAAUUAAUCAAACUACAUUUAUAUAACCCUAGUUGUCAUUCCAAAAUGGCCUUCAUACGGUGCAUGAACAACAGGAUCGCGCUGGUGUGCGUCGACUUGGUGUACAUAUAUGAAACGAAAGACGGUGGCGGCUUUGACAAAGUACAGCUCGCCAUUCCCGAGGAGACUGGCAAAGAUUCUGGCCAAGACAGUGAUGAGGAGGAAGACAGCAAAUCAUCAGGAAAGAAAGACAAGCAGGAGGAACCCGGUUUUUCCUGUGCCAAUUUUUCACCUUGUUCGACUUACUUCAUGGCAGUAACUCACGCAAAGAGACUCGUCGUCUGGAAGCGGCACAGUCCUGGAAACUGGGAAGCCAUUUUCCAAAGGUGCGUGGCACGCAAAUGUGUUCAGGUCCGGAUGUGCGCCACCAAAGACACCAUUCUUGUAGCAGACCGCUCUGGUGAUGUCUACUCCUUCCACUUUGAUGAUCCGGAAGAUUCCAGGGGUGAGGCCAUCAUUGGCCGUCUCUCCAUGGUCCUCGACAUGAUCAUAGGUGAGCAAGACACCUUCCUGGCAGUCUCGGAUCGCGACGAGAAGAUCCAAGUGUCAUGCUAUCCAAACUGCUACAACAUUCGUACCUUCUGCCUCGGCCACACACAGUUUGUGACCUGCCUCGCAUUGUUGCCCGGCCCACCAGAGCUCCUGGUUUCUGGUUCUGGAGAUGGCACAAUCCGGACUUGGUGCCCAGAGACCGGUCGGCAGCUGCACCGGUAUGACGUCAGCAUCGAGAAACAGUCGGCAGACUCUGAAGGGAAGGUUGACACUCGGGCGCCUGCCGUGAAACGCAUAGCUGUGCAGCCCUUGGGAACAACUAUGGCUUGCCUCAUUGAUGGGGUUCCAGAAGUGCUUCUGCUAGGCUGGCUGGGCCCCCAAGCUGGCUGGAGUCGCCUCCAGAGCCUUGCUGUUCCAUGCGCACCUGACGACAUUGCCUUUGACGAAGACUGGCCACCUCUGGGUGGCUCUCACCACUCCUCCAUCGGUGCAGCUUUUUGCACUUUCCGCAGAGUCAAAUGGGUGUUGGCAGCGACGGGAAGUUCCCGCUGAUCUGCCGUCUGCAGGCGAGCUCCCGUGGGCACCGCUUCUCAAGGACGUCAGCUGGACACUGUGCCAAAGCCUCCAAGGCAAGCCAGCUGCCACCAACGGGAGUUGCAGCAGCCUGACUCAUCUUUACAAGCAGUGGUUCGACAACGAGCACAGUUAUUUGGAAAAGAAGCGACGACGCCUGGAGGAGGCAGCCGCCAGCGCCCCCAAGCGAGCCAAGCUGGAACCCGCACUCAGCUGACCACCUCGUCCAGGAAGGCCUUGCAGCAGCGCAGGCACUGUUCGUACACGUCCUCGAAGCCCUGGCUUCCGUUGUCCUGUCCAAAAGAGGCGAAGAACGCUCGCUCAAAGUCGGUG